AUGCACACUACUCAUAACACUAUUCAUGCCAUUAUUACCUCUCAUAAUCAUAAACCUGAUAUCCUUCUUACUUGUUUGUAUGGUGACAAUAAUUCUGCUCAGAAUCAAGUUCAAUGGCAGUAUUUAUUAGACAUGAGCCAUGAUGUUAACAUUCCUUGGGUGAUAAUAGGUGAUUUGAAUUUCACAAUGGUUGAUUCUGAAACUAAUAGUAAUCGUCCUUCUACUAAUUAUCAUUCUAGGAAUAUUAGAGAUAUUGUCAACCAAUUAGGCCUUAUUGAUCUAGGUUUUCAUGGUUCUAACUAUACUUGGUCGAAUCAUAGAGCAAGGGAUAACCAUACUUCUGUUAGGUUGUACAUGGCUCUUGUGAACUCUCUUUGGAUUACUAGCUAUACUAUGGCUCAUCUCCAACACAUUGCUCCUCUUGCAUCUGAUCACAACCCUAUUUUGUUGCACUCAAUACCUGAUUCUAGUAGAUCAUCUCCAUUUAAACUUUAUAAAUGUUGGUUUCAAGUGCCGUCUUGCUCAACCACUAUUCACAACAGUUGGAAUCAUUCAUUUCAAGGGUCUCCUUCUUAUCAGUUCUCUUGCAAACUUAAAUUUACUAGAACUGAGCUGCAGAAAUGA